CGCUCGGUCUCUUGCGAGGAGCUCCGGUGACAUAUACUACCCCGUGUCCGUGUGUGCGUGCGCGUCCACUUCUCCAAGAACUCACUCGUGUAGUGUAGUCGAGCCACGAUCACCAUGCCCUCGCCUGGUGGCUUCAGUCGGCGUAGCGGCGACAGUUUCCUGCUGCCCCGGCCGCCGCCGGUGACGGACGUGGGCUGCGGGUGCCGCACGCCGAGGCUUCUCAGUUCCAUCUACUCGUCGCUCAUGUCCCGGGCGCGCGGAGGGGGAGGCCGUGGCACCAAGCCCAAGUCGCCGCACGCGUCGUCCUCGUCCACCGCCACCGCCUUCACCUCCAGCACCGCGGGCGCCACCACCGCCACCACGGCGUCGUCCCUGGACGACUCGUGGGGCCUCGCGACCUACGCCACCAACAUGCUCUACGAGGACGACCCGGAGGCGAGGCGCCAGAAGCAGAGGACCAAGACGAGGACGAGGAGGCGCAGGAGGCAGAGGAACCACGGUAGCGGCAGAAGGCCGGAGAGGGGCGUGGCGAUGAUGGCGCGCGGGGAGGAGGUGGAGGAGGAGGAGGCUGCGGUGGCGGUGGAGGUGGAGUCGGCGACGCCGUACGAGGACUUCCGGGAGUCCAUGGUGGCCAUGGUGGUGGAGAAGGAGAUGUACGCGUGGGAGGACCUCAACGCGCUCCUCCACGGCUUCCUCUCGCUCAACUCGCCGCGCAACCACCCGCUCAUCCUCCACGCCUUCGCCGACCUCUGGGCGCCGCGCGGCGGCCUCUUCUGCCCUCCGUCACCGUGCCUAGGCCUCUAGAGUGGAGGCUGCGCGCCGUCAUGCGCCACCUAGCUAGCUAUACUCCAUUAGCGCCGUAAAUCUAGCUUAGGCUCUCGAUGGGUCAUACUACUGUAUUACGUACUAUCUUGUACUGUAGUUAUCGUCGUCGUCCUCGUCGUUGUUGUACGUGCUACUCUGCUACUACUCCGUAGUCCUCUAGAGCUAAUGCUCAACGGACUGCGUAUUAAUCUUUGUGUAAUGAUGAUGCGUGCGUGCGUACGCAAGACAAAAUAAAGUAUGCCAUACGAUGGCACGU